AUGAUCCUCAGCCAGCUGACCACUCUCUUGAGCCUGCUCAGUGGGGCCUGGCUACCCACAGGCUCAGGGAGGCCUGGACCCCGAGGCCUCCCAGCUCAGCUCCAGGCUGCUGCCAAUGAGACCCAGUCUCUGGGUCAAUGGGCCCCAGCUUUCCCAGUGCCACCCUUUGCCCUUGGCAGCUGGAAGGCCUUCUUGGGCCUGCAGAAAGCUGGGCAGCUGGGGACAGGCAGGCUGCAGCAUGGGCAGGAUGUGGCAUCACUGUCUCUGCCACUGGACCCACAGGAAGUAGCCCAGGAGAUGUGCAAAGCUGUGCCCUUCACUCAAAUGCUCUCCCGGCUGGGCUGCAUGGCUGUCUACCUCCUCAAUCACCUCUGCUUUGGCCACUGCUCCCCUUUCUACAUCCCGUUCAUCCCCUGCAACAGCUGUGUGCACGCUCGCAUGCGCUGGGCACCUGUGGUCCUCUGGUGUUGGGCGGGCAGCCCAGCCUCCCUUCGCCAGGUGAAGAUGUCCACUGUGUGGGUUGAGGGGUGUCAGUGCAGACCAAAGGCAUGA